CGAGAACACCACCUCAAAGUGCAGAAGAUGGAAUUGUGUCAGAAAUUCGAUAAUGUCUUCCCACCAAAAAUUCGCCGUUGGCUCGGAUUGGUGCUAGCAAUUUUCGAUGUGUUUUUUUUUGGUGGCUAUCACUAUGGCUUCAAUUCCCUCAUCACAGUCUACAAAUCAGUUGGCGUCUACGCUUACAACUGUACGGAAAAUGUCUGCUCUUAUCAUUAUGAUAUGUUCGGAGUUGUUUUCAUGGUUUGGAUGGUGUCACAAAUGUGUCUUAUUGUAUUUGCUGGAAUACUGAUGGAUAAGGUGGGGCUGAGAAUAUUAAAACUGCUGGCAGUUGUAGUAUACUUUGCUGGUACCAUAAUGUUCGCAUUUACAACUGGUGAAACAGUGCCACUAUUCUAUGCUGCUGGUAUACUUGUCGCUUUAAGUAGUAUAUGCAGCUUGAUAUGCAAUCAUCAAGUCAGUUCCAUGUUCCCACAGUUUCGUGGUCUUUGUAUAUCGCUUUUGUCUGGAGCGUACGACUCAAGUUCGGUUGUAGCUUAUGUGCUGUCGUUGACUUAUCUUGUAUUCCCAUUCAAAUGGUCGUUUAUUAUUUUGGCUUGUGGCUCAGUAGUUGUGGGCAGUUUUGUGGCACUCUUUAUCCUUACUCAGAAAUCUGAAGAUAUGGGGAAAUUCUCCUCCAUCAACACAGAAGAAGAAAAGUUAUGUGAGAAAACGUCAAUUGAAAGUUCUGGAGAAAUGGAUAUCUAUGGAGAAAUAUCUUCAAUUUUGGAUAAACGUUACCCAUCUUUAUUAAGUUGUGUUAUUUCUUUACCAUACUUACUGAUUAAUCUUUGGUUUACUUUGGGUUUGUUUCGUUUCUCAUUUUACCUAUCGCACUUAGCAAAACACAUAAAUGAUGCGUAUUCUGACGACAAGCCAACUGCGGAUCAUUUGUUAAGUAUUUCCUCAGCAUUCUUCAUGUCGAGUUUCUUACUGUCACCAGUUACUGGUCUUAUGAUUGACUUCUGUCUCAAAAGAGCUCGAACGGGCAUUAAAAACAUGCUCACCAACGAACGUGAUUUAGCAAAUCCCGAUAAAAUGUAUUAUACUCUAACACUUGGCCUAGUCCCUGGACAAGGUCUUUUGGCUCUCUCUGCUGUUGCUCUGAGUGCAAUGAUGUUUAUACCUAGUCCUAUAGCUUCUUAUGCAUCGUUCGUAUUCUUGGUUGUAUUAAGGUCACUCUUAUUCAGUUGCUUCAUUAGCUUUCUUCUGUCUGCAUUCCCAAUACGUUAUUUUGGUACAUUGAAUGGCAUUACUAGUGCGGUAUCUGGUUUAAUAAGUCUCUCGACGAAUGCCUUUCUUCGUACCAGCAGAUCUACAGAUAAUUAUGCAACCAUGGCGAUAUCGAUCGGGAUAUUUAUUGUACCUAUUAUUUUUCUGAUCAAAUCAAGACAAUAAAUCAGUCAGUGUUGUGAUCUUAUGAAAACCUUGUUUUUAUUUUUAUAUUAAGAUCCAAAAUUAGAUAUGAAUGCUUCAAUAUUUAAAUUUUGCAACAACUUAUAUGGUGUAAACUUUUGCUAGUUAAUUUAUUUUUUCAAUAAUAAAAAUUUAUGCUGGGGUCCGGUGUUGAAACAUAUUUUCUUUUAAUAAUAAUCGGCAAAAGCUGGCCAGAAAAUGACCAUUGUUUAUAAACGCUACCGUGAAUCGUCUCACAUAACAAGCGAAAUUAACAUAAAAACUCUCUUAAUGUCAUGUUGUUCAUAAAAAAUGUAACCUGAAGUGUUAGUCUACACAGAAGGAGUUGAGAAUGAAAUUACAAGACAUGGUUAAUCGUCUUUGGAAAACGACACAGUACUCGACAAAAACUGGACAAGAGAGUGCAGGACAUUUUGUUAAAUAACCAUCUUUGGUAGACUAGGUUCUAUGAAGGCUAACAGGCGUAGUUAGUAAGUAACUAGGAUGAAACCUUUAAAGAAAAACGACUUUAUUUAAUUAUUUGAGUGAUCGAUAAUUGGUGUUUAUUGUCUCUCCUCCAUUUUAUGAAUCAAAACAUUCCUAAAUAGUAACAAGCAGAUUCGUGGAAUGUAUAAGACCAGGCUUGCCUAAAUAUCAUAAAUUAAAGAUAUGUCUUAAACCUAUGGUGAGUGAAUGAAGUAUUUGUUGGUGUUAAGAAGCAACAGAAUAUUUAGUUCUAUGCAGUAUGUGAAGGAGCUCGGUUACUAACUGUAUUAAAGAAAGAUCUUUAAAAUAUCAAGGAUGGGCAAAAUAAAGGUUUGAAUAUCUGAAAGUGGAUCUACCAGUAGUUCAGUUUGCUAAAAUUUAUAAUGUCAGACUCAUUGAUUUACUGACGUCAAACUAUUUAUUAUCAAAAAUUAUUCCCAGUUGUUUCCAUCUGCUAACAUGAGAAAUUAUAUACAUCAUAAAAAUACAACAUGUACCACAAAUAGGGGAUUACGCGAUGUAAUAUUGGAAUUUGAAUGUCAAAAAAAGGAACAACCAAUGUAUAAGUGAAGAAUGACAUUCGGAUACAUGUAAUGAUAAUAACUUCCUGAAAAAUGCAGUUGAAAAUACAUUCCUGUUCUUCCAGUUAUUCUGAUUGUCACUAUGUCGAUAAGAAUUUCAAUGAAAUCUGGACAUUAUUCAUAUUAUCAUGCCUCUUAACCAAAACACAUCAACACACGUUGUAUCGGAGAUACGGAGAAAGAAAUGAAAGUUGAGAGUGGGCGUGGAUAUGAUCAAACAUUUGGAAAUAGAACUCAAUAUCAUUUAAAUCUUAUUCAAAAUAAACACACUAGACAAUUUCAUAAAGUUCAUUAUUGACUCUUAACUAAUUAGUUAACAUACAUAAUUGUACGAUCAAAAGAAGCAAAAUUCACAUAAGUAUUUUGACCUUGUAAUUAAAGAUAUCAAUUUGGCUGUAUAAUCAGACAAUAAAAAUUAUGAAAAACAUAUGAUUCU